CAAAUGAAUUGUUUCCUGGCUCGACGGCCUGUUUAGUCGGCUACCUGCACGUCUGCUUUCCACCAUAAACUCUUCCGUGUUUUCCUGCCGCUCUCGGUCUGUGACGUGUCGUGCUGACGGCGGCCUCGGCGCUUGGAGGACCGGGGUGCUGUAGCAUUGACACGAUCAGGCUCCAGACGCCCUGCUUUGCUGUUUGAGUGGAGCUCCAGAAACAUCCUCUCCAGACCCCUCCUUCUCGGCUCCUCUGCGGCCCGCCCAAAUAACACCAAAUUCCCGAUUGAAUCUAGCCUGAGCCUGAGCCUGGGUGGGGGGGGGACCAGGCGGCCUGGGAAGCCGAGGAGUGGACGGAGGCCAUCCCUGCUGCAUAAAUCUGCUCUCCAAUAACAAAUGCAGUGCAAGGACAAUGGAUGAGGAUGUCACCAGGCUUUCAAUACAUUCUGAAGAGCCUAAAAUAAUAUUACACGGAUCGGAUGAGGGUGGUGCCGACGGGCAGGAGUUUGUUGUGGAGCUUCAAGAGACUGUGUUGGUGUCUGAGGGCGAGGGUGAAGGCAUGGCGGUGCACAGGUUUGCCCCAGACGAGCUAGUCAUCCAGGAUGCUGUUGAGGAUGUGGUAUCUGAGUAUGUGCACUGCGAUGAAGAUGAAGAUGUCGCUGUAGAAACCUGCGUGAUGGCCUUGGACGGUGAGGAGGAAGGCGUCGCCAUGGGUGACAUCCCCGAAGACGGCCUCGACCCCGAAGAGCAGGACGACGAUCAAGAUGGCUGUGGAGAUUAUCUGAUGAUAUCCUUAGACGAAGCUGGUAAAAUGGUGUCGGAGGAUGGCACAGAGGUAACCGUGGAAGGAGCUGUGGAGGACCAGGAAGUGGAGAAGGACGAAGACGGACAAGAAGUGAUAAAAGUGUACAUCUUCAAGGCUGACUCCGGAGAGGAUGACAUGGGAGAGUCUGUCGACGUCAGCGAUGGGGACAUGGAGAAUGUGGCGCUGACAGAGUCUUCGGGUCAAACACUUCGAGAGAAGAUGGUUUACAUGUCUGUUGGCGACUCUCAUCACCAAGGAAACCAGGGUGUGGAGGACAGCGAGAGCUGCGAAAACGGCAAUGGAGCAGCGAGUGCAUUUCUACACAUCGACGAAUCUGAUGGCGUUGACGAAGUUGGCCGACAGCGCAACAAGACCAAGCGACGAUCUGAGCCUCGACAAGUCCAAACAGCCAUCAUUAUCGGUCCCUACGGUCAACCUCUGACAGUAUAUCCCUGCAUGCUCUGCGGCAAAAAGUUCAAAUCGCGAGGUUUCCUGAAACGGCACACCAAGAAUCAUCACCAGGAGGUUCUGACCAGGAAAAAGUACCAGUGUACAGACUGUGAGUUCACCACUAACAAGAAAGCCAGCCUCCAUAACCACAUGGAGGUGCACGCCCUGAGCAGCAAGGCGCCCAUCGAGUGUGAAAUGUGCGGCAAGGAGUUCCACCAACAGUCGGCGCUUUUCUCCCACCGACUGCAGCACCACCACCGGGAGCCAAAGAAUCAGCCGCCCCCGCCCCCACCCGCCAAGACGCACAAAUGCAAGUUCUGUGAUUACGAAACUGCUGAGCAAGGACUGCUCAACCGACACUUGUUGGCCGUUCACAGCAAAAGCUUCCCGCACAUCUGUGUGGAAUGUGGCAAAGGCUUCCGUCACCCCUCGGAGUUGAAGAAACACAUGCGCACGCACACGGGCGAGAAGCCUUACUCCUGCAUGUACUGUGACUACAAGUCUGCUGACUCGUCUAACCUCAAGACUCACAUCAAGACAAAGCAUAGCAAGGAGAUGCCAUACAAGUGCGAGCGCUGUUUCCAGACAUUUGCAGAGGAGGAGGAGCUGAACCAACACGGACUGACACAUGAGGAGAAUAAGACCCACCAUUGUGCCCACUGUGACCACAAAAGUUCCAACUCCAGCGACCUUAAACGCCACAUCAUAUCCGUGCACACCAAGGACUACCCGCACAAAUGUGCAGUGUGCGGCAAGGGGUUCCACCGGCCGUCUGAGCUCAAGAAGCAUUCUGUCGCCCACCGCACCAAGAAACUCCACCAGUGCCGGCACUGCAACUUCAAAAACGCAGACCCUUUUGUCCUCAGUCGCCAUAUUUUGUCUGUCCACACCAAGGAGCAGCAGGCCUCCCCUGAAAGGAGCGAGGCCAAAAGGACAGAGACAAACGCUCCUGUGGCGGCCCCUAAAAAGGCUGCAUCUAGUGGCUCUGCUGCCGCCGGCCAGCCUGCUAGAGUUAGUGCAGCCAGCUUAGCCAGCAGCGUGACUGUGGUUAUUGGCAAAGGACAGAAAGAACGCAGAAUCUACCAAUGCCAGUACUGUGACUACAGCACGGGGGACGCUUCGGGAUUCAAGCGACACGUUAUUUCUAUUCACACAAAGGACUACCCGCACCGCUGCGAGAUCUGUUCUAAAGGCUUCCGGCGACCGUCGGAAAAGAACCAGCAUAUCAUGCGCCACCACAAAGACGUGGUCCAGGCAGAGUGAUAAGACUGUGUGACCAUCACACACCAGCCACUGCACCACUAACCUUGAAAUCAUGUGGCGCUUAUGCUGCACUUAGCCGGUCCUCUUGUUUACUUUUCUUUUACAUGGUCAGCCUCUGAGUCUCAUCACAUGUACACAUGUACAUGUACAUAACACAACGCUCUUGGGGAGCAGCAGAACAGUAGACUUGCACUUUGAACCGCAUGCUCCAUGCUGAAGGACAGUUUGCAUGGCAGAUAGUGCAAAUGUCUGUUUUCAUGACACACUUGUUUUUCAUUUUGCAGACCGCAAUCACAAAACGGAAGUCUCCAUAUUUUAAUUACCAAACUGAUCACAGCACUUGACAACCCAGUAAAGGUGAAUGCAAUUAUCAUAAGGUGUAUGCUAUUUAUGUGCGAGUGACAUAACAAGCAUCUCUUGUGCUUCCUGGUGCUCAAACCGCCACCUAUGUAACAUAUUGUGACAAAAAUACACAAAGACUCUUGUGUACAUCUCACAUUGCAGUCACACUUUACAAUUAAACUAAAAAAAACAUGGACAGAACUUCCUGGAUUUUGCAAUCAUGUAAAUUUUCCACACAUUUUGGCUUAUCAAAUUUGACCCUUAGCAGUGCUAAAAUGCGCUCAACUGUCUAACAAAUCAAAUGUGACCGAGCAUCCACUGUAGUUUGUUUCUUACGUAGACAAACCGCGAAGAAAAACGUUUAUCGCAACAUUUUAUUGUCCUCUCUAACUUACUUUUAUUGACUGAGAUAUGGAUGUGUGAUGAUAAUUUCUUGUUUCUUACAACAAAUCCACCCGGUCAAGAUAACGUUCAACAGUUCCCCACUGUUGUCAACCAAAGCAAUGUUUUGGAACAUGAACAAAAGUUUAUGACUGACUACUUCUCAACUGUAAGAAAUACACGGAAACGGUGUGCAACUUGUGGAUAAUAAGGGGCCUUUGGUGGUGCUGUUUUUGUAAUAAUUACAGUGGGGAAUCUCAGGCCACCACACGAUUCCAUUAGGAUUACGAUUCAGAAGCUAUCAGUCGAUUAAAAAUUAAUUAUUGAUGAAUCUUUAAUUUAUGUAUAUUGAUGCUGUUUAAAGGUGAACUGCACUUUUUGGGGGGAAUUUUAGCUAUCGUUCACAAUCAUUUUGUAAGACAAGAAGACCAAAGUUUUUGUUUUCCCGCUUUCUAACAUCUUCAAAUCGGCUCGUUCUAGGUGGCUAACUAUGCAACUAAUGGGAUCAAUCAAUUCUACCUCUAAAUCACUUUAAGAAUGCAUUCAAAGAAUACUUUUUUCAUGUUCAGUAACCUGUAUUUUAACUAAACUGAAGUGACAUUGUUAUUGUAAGAGUGAACACUGAGGAACUCUUUUUCUAUCGUCGUAAAACAUUGGCAUGUUUCGGUAUUAGCCGUAAAAGCGAACUACGGCAAGAGAUAAGCUAGCUUCUACAACAACUCAAAACGUGUUUGAAUUUGUAAUGCUCAACACUGCGAUACGACACCAAUUUGUACGGACUGAAAAACAUGAACAAUCAUAUUAGAGUAUCUAAAAAGUAUUAGCCCGCAUUUGAUGUUUUGUUUGUACACAGCUAAGCUAGCCAGACACCAUAUGUAUUGUAGUUGUACUAACACACAUGGCGUGCUGCAUGUAUCAAUGAUCAAUAUUGUAGUGACUCACUGGAUGCACAGUUGUUUGUCUGGUCUAGCUGGCCAGUGACAUAUCCUGUUGAUUUAAGGUUAAGCAAUCCAUUUAUGUACAGAUAGCUUGGCUCCAAGUUCCAUAUUUAUAACAUCAAAAUUGCUUUCAUCCCCCUCUAGCGGCUUCCAUCUGCUCCAACGUCUCACUCUUCCUUCAUGCUCGCGUCUAUAAGCAGCAGUAUAUUCAGCUUCAAAAGUAUAAGGUUGUGAAAUUCUCAAUUGUCCAGAAAUAGUUGUCUUUGUUGUUUGUUAUCAAGUCUGCCAUGAUUAGAACACAAGUGUUUUUUUUACCGGAAGUAGUAACACACACACAGUCGAAAGUGUGCUGCAAUGGAAACAGAAAUCAAUGCACUGAAGAAAUCCGUCUCAGAAAUGAUAAAAAUUUGAUAAAUAUUGAACAUAUUACAGAUUUUUAUGAACAUGUCUGUUACUAUAAUAUAUAUAAACUUGCAGUGUGUAUAAACAACGUUAAUGGAGUGUUUAGAAGUUGUUUUAGAGGGCUGUAAAGGUUACAAUAGUGACUCCCAUUAGACUCAUUUUCAAGCGUUUUUUUUUUACAUUUUAAAAUCUUUAAAAAAAAGUAAUCUGUGUUCUUGUCUCUAAUGAUUGUGAAUGAUGGGCAAAAUGACCAAAAAAAGUGCAGUUCCAGUUUAACAUUUCGUAUUAGGCAUUUCACUUUUCACAUUUGUAAUAAAAAAUUCCCAUCACAUUUCUUAAAUGUGUGCAAAACUGGAUCAUAGUGUCGUAAAAGAGCCGGUUGGAUCUCUUGGUGAGGAUGGCUUGCUGCAGUCAGACAACUUUCAGAACUGUCUGCAUGACUUUAUUUACAAUUUUAAAAACUCGAUUAUUGAUUAUUGACGUUUACUAAUCGAUUUUAUAAUCGUCCAUGUCUAAAUUAUUUUCCCCACCGAUGAUAAUGAUUAAUUAAAGCAAAUUUUGUUACAUUUGUUGAAAACUUACUUUUUGGGGUUAAUGUUCUAAAGAACACAAAGAAUUGAUAACAAAAACGUUAAAUCACAAGCUGAUACAGUGUGUUUAUAAAGAUGUCUAAAACCAUCGCAACGUUUAGAAAUAACUUCUGCAAAACCAUGCAUUUUAGAGUACAAUCAGUAACAUCCUGGAGGGACUCUGCAGAUAAUCACUCCAUAUGAUGCCAGUUACUCGACAAAAGCCAACUGCGUUAUCUGACAGUAUUGAUUUUUGUUAUAAUUUCAAACCUUUUUGACUGGAUGCCAUAAAAAAAACAAAAAUUUGUAUUUUUCUUUUAAAUAGGCAUAUGUUGGAUUGAAGUAAUGACCUAAUUGUUAUAUUCAGGCUUAAACAAUACUCUCCUAUCAAACUGUGGCCCCACUCAGAUCCAAGGACACUAACAAUGUGGUGCCCCUAAAAAUUAAAGUAUGUUUUUACAUACUUCUUGCCGGAAGGGAAAAAUGUAAAUGUCUUCACAACUUUCAAAGACCAGUGCUGAUGUUAAACUUUUUUUUUUUCCUCUUCAUCUGUGAUGAUCAGGUUUUUUAUAUAUAUUUAUUUCAUUUAUAAGUUGUUGUAUAGCUAUGUGUAACUAGACUUCUAUGGGACGUAAAUUAUUGUUUUGUAUACAAAUCUGUACAAAGCGUGUAGAUGUAAACACUUGAUGAAAGUGAGCUGUGUCGUUCUGGAUGUGUAUGUCACUGUAUUUGUUUUUUAAAAAGGUAAUAAAAAAGACUCAAAGCAUA